CCAGGAGACAAGCACCAGGCAAACGAUGCAGAGCUGCAGGCUGUGGGGUGCUGGACCUGCGGUCUCCACUUCCUGUGUCCUCCAGAAGUUGCCGGGAGUGAUGUUCAUCUGGUCCAUGUUGAUGAUGUGUGUCUCUGUCUUCACCAUCCAGCCUGAGGAACACAUGGUGGCUGCAGGAAGCUGCCAAUUUCAUGGCAGGCAUCCCAAAACCAGGUUCAAGGUAGAAGGGGAGCCUGUGGCCAUGAGGUGCCCCCAGGUGCCAUACUGGGACUCUGCUAGCACCCACGUCAAUGUGACAUGGCGUAGAAACGACUCCACCAUGAUGGUCCCAGGGGAGGAAGAGAUGCGAGUGUGGGUCCAGGACGGUGGCCUCUGGAUUGUGCCAGCCUCGCGGGGGGACUCUGGCACCUACAUCUGCACUGUCAGAAAUGCCUCUUACUGUGAUGAGAUGUCCGUUGAGCUCAGGGUUUUUGAGAAGACAGAAGCUUCCCUGCCUCUCAUCUCCUACCCGCAAAUUAUAACCUUGUCAGCCUCUGGGUUAUUAGUUUGUCCUGAUCUGAGUGAAUUCAUCGGGAACAAAACUGACGUGAAGAUUCGAUGGUACAAGGAUUCUCUCCCUUUGGAUCAAGACAAUGAGAAAUUUCUAAGUGUGAGGGGAACUCGCUUAGUGGUGAACAAUGUGUCUCUGGAGGAUGCGGGCUAUUAUCGGUGUGCCAUGACGUUUGCCCACAGAGGCAGGCAAUACAACAUCACCAGGAAUAUCAAACUCCGUGUCAAGAAAAGAGAAGAGGAGACGAUUCCGGUGAUCAUCUCCCCCCACCAGACCAUCUCAGCUUCGCUGGGGUCGAGACUGACAAUCCCGUGUAAGGUGUUUCUGGGAGCUGGCAUACACGCGACCACCUUGCUGUGGUGGACUGCCAACAACACACACGUAGAGGAUGCCUACCGGGGGGGCCGCGUGACCGAGGGGCGGCGCCAGGAAUACUCAGAAAAUAAUGAGAAUUACAUUGAAGUGCCACUGAUUUUUGAUCCAGUCGUAAGAGAGGAUUUGCACACGGAUUUUAAAUGUGUUGUCCGUAAUACAAUGAGUUUCCAGAUGCUUCGUACCACAGUCAAAGAAGCUGCCACGUUCUCCUGGAAGAUUACACUGGCCCCCCUUUCCCUCAUCUUCUUGGUUUUGGGGGGAAUAUGGAUACACAGACGGUGUAAACGCAGAACCGGAAAAGCCUAUGGUUUGAUGGAGUUAAAGACCAGCCAUCAGAUUCUCAAUCCUAUCUGAGUAAA